GGUUGGAAGAGUUGCCUCCCGCUACACUCUCCUGUCGUUGAGUGUCCAGAGAGUCGCUGUGACGUCGACAGGUGAGAUUCACGGAAGUGACUAUCCAUCCAUUCCUACCCGCGGUAAACAUUUUCGCAGUGCCUUCAUUUGGAGAAUCAGCGGUGAGAGACGAGGCCAGAUAUAGUGCUGAAGUUUUACUCAAGUUUCCACAAUGGGAGAUAGUCCUCCCCCAGAGUCAGGUGCACCAAAAUUUGUGCGCUUCAGUGUCAGGUGCAAGACAACAGCCUCCACAAACACCACAGGCCCAAACGCCACCACCGCAGAAACGGGGACUGACAAGGAAGUCACGCCCAGUAAUCUGCAGAGUGCUGCUGCUUGAUGGAGAAGUCAUGGAAACCAGCAUUCAUAAAAAAGCUUUGGGAAGUGUUCUCUAUGAAAGAGUGUGUGAUCACCUUGAUCUGCUUGAGAAGGAGUUCUUUGGUCUGACUUACAGAGAUCCACUGGAUGGCACUCUGUAUUGGCUGGACGUGAACAAGACGGUUUCACAUCAAAAAAGAAGAGGAAAAUGGGAAUUUGAGUUUGGAGUGAGGUUCUUUCCGCCAGACCCCACAGUCAUGAAAGAAAGUUUGUCACGCUACCUGGUGUGUCUUCAGAUCAGGAAAGACAUUGCCUCGGGAAAGUUGCCGUGCACAUUUGCCACGCAGGCUGUGUUGGGCUCGUUUAUAGUGCAGGCUGAUCUGGGAGACUGGGAGCCUGAAGAGCAUGGUGAAGGAAUAGGCUACAUCCGCGACAUUCCUUUUGCCCCAGAUCAGUCAGUGGAGCUCCUUGAAAAGAUAGCUGAGCUUCACAAAGACCGAAAGGGAAUGACUCCAGAAGAAGCAGAGUUGCAGUAUCUAGAGUAUGCCAAGAAGAUUGCACUGUAUGGAAUCCACCUGCACCAAGCCAAGGAUUCAGACUAUGUAGACAUCCAGAUUGGAAUCGGAGCAUCAGGCAUCUCAGUUUACCGUGAAAAUCUGCGCAUCAAUCGCUUUGUUUGGCCAAAAGUGUUGAAAAUUUCAUACCGCAGAAACAAGUUCCUUCUAAGAAUUAGACCAGGAGAAUUUGAGACAUUUGAAAGCUGGAUUGUUUUUAAACUGCCUUCUAACAAGCUGGCGAAACGUCUGUGGAAACAGGCCGUAGAGCACCAUGCUUUUCUCAGGCUUCGAGAAGCAUCAGAAGCCAGGAGAGGUAUUUUACCAAGAUUUGGCUCCAAGUACCGCUACUCUGGACGCACGUUAUACGAAGCACGAGUUAACACUGCAGAUCGACAGCAACCGUUUUUUGAACGCACAGCCAGCAAACAGUACCUCAACAACAACCCGUCUCGAAGCAUGGACGAAUUGCCAACUAAACGGCCCAAUCAGCUACCACCUCACAGGGACCCCAAUCUCAGCAUCACUAGUGCCGAUGAAUCCUUUGACACCUACACUAUUGACUCACCCACAGAGCGGGCUGUGGAAAACAGCCGCAUCAUUCACUCUCGCAUAAAUGAGGAAGAUGAGUCAAGGGAUUUACAUCUGCCUGACAGGAACACUUUCUUAGGAGAGGACAAUCAUGUGACUCGUGAGGAAACUGUGAUUCGCCAAGAAGGGGACAGAGUUGUGACAGAGAUCAAAGUAGAACACAGGUUUGUGCGUAGGGAGGUACAGAAGGAGGAUGAUAUUACUGAGAGACUGCCUUCCCCACCUGAAGAAGACCCUGGUAAAAAGCGCAAAGCAGAGAAGCGGGGGGUUCCAACGGCUUUGGCUGCUGUACUUUCUUCAUCAGGCCCUUCUGCCAAGGUUCAUGGGGAAAAUGGUCCAAGAGGUAGUUCGGACUCGGAGAAUGACGCAAAAUCCAAACCAGCACCAAAGCAGAAGCCACCUAAAGCACCAAAACCUGACGUCAAAAAGAAACCCACAGUAGUACGAGAGAUGGACCUUUGAGGAUAUCCAAUGGAACAAAGAGGAAAAGCGCUGUUGCACCUGAUGCCUGCUUUAGCCAACAUACAUUCAGGGAUUAAAAUCAUCUGAACUGUAUAGUCUGCAUUCUGGUGGCUGAAAAACUGGAGUGCUUACAGAAAUUUCACAAAAUCUGAAUCUGUUGAACAGUGGCUUUUAAGUGUGGCAAGCUUGCUGCUGAGCGCACAAUCAGGGAGCCAUAACCCAAGUCUUUUUAUGUAUGAUAGCAUUUAGACCAUCUGUUCAGAAUGAUAAACAAAUUAAAAACAAUAUUCUACCUUAGGAAAUAUUGUAGGUCAUUUUUAUUGACAAAAGGUUAAAAACAACAACUUUGUUUUGGUAAAAUCUCUUUUUAUGCAGAGUCUUUUUAAAAGGAUUGUAUGCGGUUCUAUUUUAAUACAAUGAUUCACUUUAUAACACAAGUUUCAUUUGUCCUUCCUGCUGGAAAGUGCAUCAGUUGUGUGGUUUUUAUGCCGACAGUCACUUAAACAGUAGUUUGCCUUUAUGUUAAAAGUUCUUAACAUUUAGCCUGCCGUUUAUACUUUGCUCCCUUGAAACAAUAAACAUGAAACAUGUAGCCUGACAUGCACAUGAGAUGUGCAUUAUCAAGUUUCCGCUUGAAUUGUGACAUCCUCAUAUUCAGGGUGGGAAAAAAACUGUUGCUACUCCCCAGCCACCCAGUCAAGAGCAACAACAACAGCAAAAAAGCAGGAAACUCAUUGCUUUUAUUUUUGCUGAUGAAACAUUUUAAAUUGAAGAACUGGCAUAAUGUGUGGGGUAAAAUGUGAAUGAAAACAAUUCAAGAAUGUGUACAGAUGUGGGUAAGCAUGUAUCACAUGUUACUAUGUAUCAUCUGUAACAACUAUCUAAUAUCAUUGCUACGUGUUAGCAUGUGUCUAACAUCAUUAUUACAUACAUAUCAUUGUAACAUAUCAACAUUCCUGUCCAUGCACUUUCACCAUUUUUAUAAGGACGUACCAACUUCAAGCUGCUGUUUGUUUGGUAGUCUGUGAAGCAAAUAUUUUAAUCAGCAUCUCCUUAUAAACUUUGGAGUGCAGUAUUUUUAUACUAGACUGUGUUUUUAAUUGGGCAGCAAAUUGCAGAAAUGUAAUCUCUUAAGUUUUUUCUCAUUCUCUAAAUAUAUUCUAUGUGUGCUGUCCUUCCCAGUUCAUCCCAUUCUGAUGUUCUUAGCGGCAUUUGCAAAAUAAGAUUUUCAAACAAAAUUGUUACCUGUACGUUAUGCCAGAUGCUGCACAGAGAUUCUCAGCAGCUGAUUAAUCAACAGCAUUGGAUGUAAGCCUGUAGCCAGCAAGAAAUUCAAGUAAACUGAACAGGAUUUUCCAUUUCUCACAUGAUUUUAAUAAUUCUAAAUAAAGUCUUCCAAAGUCCUCACAAACAUUGUGCAUACAGCCAUGUCACUGCCUCUGGUACAACUUUUUGUGAACAUUUUUCUUUCUUUAUAGUCUUUUAGUCUUAACGAACCAAUCCAGGAGAACAAAAGGUUAUCACAGAAUCUGAAGGUAGUUGUUGUCUCUGCCAUGGAUAUGUAUAUCUCAGGUCUGCUGCCUGUUUGCCCGGACCAACUUUAGUCUCUGACAGAGCUGUUGGCUGUCAGGACUCAGUGAACCAUGUAGCUGUUUAAUAUCUGGAGCCACGAUAAAAUUCUUAAAGUCGUAGUAGAUUUGUUUUUAAUUACUCUUUUAUUCCUUUCUUAUUUGGUGAAAGUCCUCGACCUCCGCUGUCCUGUAUUUAUAGCUAAUAAACUGACCAUAACGGACCAUAAGACUUGAGCUUUUGUACCUCCGUCAACAUGAGAGGGUGGUCUGGUGGUGCCACAGUUAGCGUCUGUCACCAAUAACUGUGAGGGUUGGGUGUCCCAGGUCUUGUCUCGAUCACGCUGUUCGUUCUCUUCAUGUGACAUCUGUUUACAGGGCGGACAACCUUGCCAUGAUGUAGCUUUAGUGCUGGCUCGGCGUAAAACACCAUUAUCCCUUCCCUCCCCCUGUCAACAUGAGAGUUUGGAUUAUCUGCUCUUCUUCUUGCUGUUGAUAAACCAGAAGCAACUUUGGCCUUGUUCUCGAAGUUAAUGCAGAAAAUUUGUCAGCAAACAGUCCAGCAGAGAGAUAUGUUCAUGUUUUGUACAUUUUCUUGGGCUUAGAACAACUCAAUGUUUAACAACAUUCCAGUGUGUUGCAUGAAAUGAUGAGGCCUUAUUAUUAUAAAUGUUCCCCCUGCCCACAAAAUGUUUACAUCAGGAAUCAAACUUGUAUUUACUUGCACAGUUAAUUCAGAUAAAAUUUAUGCUGUUAGCACUUCAUGUCCAUGUAAUCAUCUUGUCAUACUUCGUCACUCUUUAUUUCUGUGUACAAUAUCAUGGAUGUCAAGUGGACUGCAGUUCUAGCGGUGUGUAUUUGUAUAAACUUAAGUAUCAAACAUUAUACCUUUGCAUUUAGAUUUCACAAAUAAAUUCAAUAAUAAUUUACCUUUUUCAAUAUAGAUGCAAUAUUUUCUUUGCUACCUACACUAUAAAGCAUCUGUUGUAGAUACAUUAUAAAUUUCAGUAUUUAAUUGCAAUUCAUUGUUUUCUAUUACUUAUUACUAGCAUGUUAUUUUCAAGGUUUGUGUAGCUUGCAUUGAGUGAAAUGUUGUAACGCUGUAGACAGGGACGGUCUAGAACUUUCAAAGCACGCUGUUGCCUGGAGUAGUCAUGAUUAGGUUAAUCAUGUUGCUUGUGUCGUCUGUACUUCUGUUUGUGGUGUAGAGGGACCUUGUGUCUUGAAUAGCCUAAGAUUUUGCUGAAUAUUGAGUCCCAGAAAUAUUCUGUUACACGUGUUUAUAUGUAUCCAUGGUAAGUCAGUUCAUGUUUUUGUAAUGUGUACUUACACUUCGUACUGGAAAGAGGAGACAUCAUAGUGGAACAGACUGGAUGAUUUACAAGUUCUAGAAACCUUCAACACAUCUGAAUGGAAAAGAAAAAGUUCGUGGCAUUAAUUUGUAAGAUGGAUUCUAGAUUUUCUACUGGUCCUUUUUUUCAUCGUCAGUUCUUGACACGGCUUGCAUUUUUGUUUUAACAUUGUGUUACUUGUUGUUGCCCGACAUGAUUGCAGCCCAGAGGUGAUGCCUGAAGUCUUCAUAGAUAUCGCAAGAAAAUGUUGCGGUUAGGUUUUUGAGUAUUUUAGUCAAUCAUUGUAUGACUGUAGCUUUGUUUAGUCAAAUAUGGUAUCAUCGUGAAAUUCCAGAGAAGUGAAACUAUAGGAGCAAAGUGGCCUGAAGAAAAGUAAACAUUUCAUUUGAGAAAUUCAUCAGGCUACAGUCUGAAUUGAAAAAUGAUGCUGAAACUGGUGCUGAUGCUGGCGCUAAGACAAUAAACCUCCAGUGACUAGGGAGAAGUGGAUUUCAAGGGCCAGUACUGUAACCAUUGGGUUCUGGAAGUCUUUUUGGCGGCCAGUUGUGCAGGCAGCUUGCAUCGUUUAUCAGCAGCAGUUUGUGUGCAUAGGAAUGAGGGCAUUGCUUGUCAUCAGUGCUGUAGAAAGUGUCUGUACAACAAGAAGUGGGUCUGUCCGAGGGCAUGUCGCGGCUUGCAGAAGCAAUUUUUACUUCCCUCGUGCGUUCUUCAGUUUGUUUGCCAGCUUCAGCUAUGGGUGUGUGUGGGUGGGUGGGUGCAAGCAUGAGGGGGGAAGGACUACAUGUAAGCAUGAUUAAUCAGUCAAGUGUGCAGAUGAAUGAUCAUACAGAUGUCAGGUUGCAUUUCCUCAUUCUUGUACAAGAAAUUAGUUUGCUUAACAAAAUUAGAAAUGUCUUCUUUGAAUUCCAUUGUGGCUUGUAUGCAAACACUGUGCACCAGUAACCCAUCAAUGACUCUUUGUUACCAUCAUCCGUGUUUACACUCUUGCAAUCUCAUUGCAGUGGUUAGAGUGACAUCAUCAUGGAGACCUUGUGCACAUCAUGCAGUAGAGUAACAUUGGGACAGGCUUUGUGCAGUCUCGUGUGGAUAGGUAGGAGGGCGAGAUAGACUGGUGGCCCGUGGAGCUGAGCUUUUUUCUACUUUCCAGACCGUUUCUCAAAAGUUCAUGCUGUAUUGAUUCUGUGAAAGAAUUUUUAGUGAAUAAUAUUUGAUGUUUAUUUGUGUUGCUGAAGACAGGGCAUCUUAAGAUCCUUGUAAAUAGAAAAAACUAUUUUUAAAUUGUAUUGGAAUUUUUAAAAAUAAAAUAAAACAUUAGCGAACAAA